UUUUAAUACACAUGUCAGAGUCCAACAGCCCUUCAGACCAAUCCGAAAUCUCAAAGGACCAAAGCGCCCCAGUAUGGCCACACUUUGUGGAUGUGCAUUGUCACCCCGUAGAUACCCCGGAACAUGUGCAUUUACUUCCCACACUUGCAACAAGACAGUUGUUUGUUAUGGGAACGAGACCGGAUGACUGGGCGCUCGUCAGCAAAGUCGCAAAUGACUACUCCGAAAAAGUUAUUCCCGCGUUUGGAAUCCACCCUUGGUUUGCACACCACACAGAUGGGCCGCCAAAGCUGGAGGAAACAGCAGCCUGGCGCAAUCUUCGUGAGCAGCUAACGUCACACCCUCAUGCACUAGUGGGAGAAAUUGGCAUUGAUGGUGCAGCCCGUGACCGAAACACGAACAUCAAGUAUCCCAUGCCGCACCAGGUUGCUAUAUUUCAGGCCCAGUUGGCAUUAGCGGCAGAGCUGCGGCGCCCUGUGAGCAUCCACACCGUCCAAUGCCAUGGCAAGCUGCUAGAGAUUAUGCGUGAAUUGGCGUUGACCAUGCGACCGAAAUCUAGUGAGGCGCUCUCCAACGAGUCUAGUGGAGGAACAGGGCGCUACCGCGUCCCUGACCCUCUUCCACCAAAGAUGAUGCAUCAUUCAUUUUCCGGAUCUCCGGACAUUGUUCGCGCACUGCUGCGUCUACCAAAGGGUGUUGGAAGGCGAUUUUACUUCAGCUUUUCGGUUGGCAUCAAUGGACGGUCUCUAAAGACCGUCGAGCGAAUACGAGCUGUCCCGGAUGAUAGAAUCCUGAUAGAGUCUGAUUUGCACGAUGCGGCCGCAAUAGACUCUGGUAUGUUAGGAGCCUGUAAAUUGGUUGCAGACGCAAAAGGCUGGACCUUGGAACAGACGGCUCAAAAAACAGGGACAAAUGCAAAAGAAUUCUUGACGGUCGAUGACAAUUAAAUAUAUUAUACAAAUUGGUGUCGCUUGCUCCCCUGAAUAGUGAUCAUAACAGGACUAUGCUGUAAAUAAUCCUU